UUCUAGCCAAAACAGGCGAAGCUUCCGGUUCCGGCGGGGGCCGUCCCUAGUGGCGGAGAUGGCGGCGACUGCGGCUGAGGCCGUGGCCUCGGGCUCCGGCGGACCCCGAGAAGAGGCUGAAGCUUUCAGCUCCGCCUGGGAUGACUCCCAACUGCGCACGUACAACUUCCCGACCCGGCACAUCCCGCGUCUGAGUCAGAGCGACCCCCGGGCGGAGGAACUUAUCGAGAAUGAGGAGCCUGUGGUUUUGACCGACACAAAUCUUGUGUAUCCUGCUCUGAAAUGGGACCUCGAUUACCUCCAAGAGAAUAUCGGCAACGGAGACUUCUCCGUGUACAGUGCCAGCACCCACAAGUUCUUGUACUAUGAUGAGAAGAAGAUGGCUAACUUCCAGAACUUCAAGCCGAGGUCCAACAGGGAAGAAAUGAAGUUUCAUGAGUUUGUGGAGAAACUGCACGAUAUCCAACAGCGAGGAGGGGAAGAGAGGUUGUAUUUGCAGCAAACACUCAAUGACACUGUUGGCAGGAAGAUUGUCAUGGACUUCUUGGGUUUUAAUUGGAACUGGAUUAAUAAGCAACAGGGAAAGCGUGGCUGGGGGCAGUUGACUUCUAACCUCCUGCUCAUUGGCAUGGAAGGAAACGUGACACCUGCUCACUACGAUGAACAACAAAACUUCUUUGCUCAAAUAAAAGGUUACAAGCGAUGCAUCUUAUUUCCUCCGGAUCAGUUUGAGUGUCUCUACCCAUAUCCUGUUCAUCACCCAUGUGAUAGACAGAGCCAGGUGGACUUUGAUAAUCCAGACUACAAGAGAUUCCCCAAUUUCCAGAAUGUGGUUGGUUACGAAACAGUGGUUGGCCCUGGUGAUGUUCUUUACAUCCCAAUGUACUGGUGGCAUCACAUAGAGUCAUUACUAAAUGGGGGCAUUACCAUCACUGUGAACUUCUGGUAUAAGGGGGCCCCCACCCCUAAGAGAAUUGAAUAUCCUCUCAAAGCCCAUCAGAAAGUGGCCAUAAUGAGAAACAUUGAGAAGAUGCUUGGAGAGGCCUUGGGGAACCCACAAGAGGUGGGGCCCUUGUUGAACACAAUGAUCAAGGGCCGAUACAACUAACCUGCCAGGAGUUGAGGCCUCCUGCCAGGUGACUGCUAGCCCGUCCACACCGCUUCAUUGAUGAGGACAGGAGACUCCAAGCACUAGUAUUGCACGCUGCACUUAAUGGACUGAACUCUUGCCAUGGCCCCCGGAGGCAGGUGUUUGGGCAAGGCAGGGUGAUUGGUACUCCACUCCUAUCUGGAGGAACAGGACCAUGCCUCUGUGCCCCAGCACCUUCUCUCUGCCCCUCCUUCCUCAAGUCCUGCAUUCAGUGUGUGGAGUCCCAGUUUCUGGUUGUCAUUAUGUCUGUGUGUCAAUCUGUCAACUUCGGGUUGUGUGUGCGUGUAUAUGUAUGUGUACACACACAUGUAUGUAUCUGUUCCUUGCUCCCUCUUUUUGGGUCACAGUGCCACUUCUGGCUCUCAGCUCUAUCUCCUACAACCUUGGUGCCUCAGCCUGAGAGAAAGAGGAUGCUCGUGGCUGUCAGCUACAUCUGAUUUGCAGGGCUAUGCUGACCAUUAGGCCAGUUUGCCUCUUUACAGUUUUUGAAGAAUCAGGCUGUAAAUUGAGUGGGGGAAUGGCAUCUGGAACUCUAAUGGGGAGAGUAAGAAGGCUUGUCUUUUAAGAGCCUCAACAGUCUUCCUAUGAGGGAGAAUUAGACUUCUUGCUUGGUCCUUCAAGCUCAAGCCAUACAUAGUAUAGAGCCUUGGGACACAAGAGCCAAGGAUCAUACAUAUGUUCCAAAUUACAGAUACAAAAGGCUUUUAUCUUUAAGCACCAGCUCUUGCUCCCUGUGCUGGAUACCAAGGGAGUUCUAGCAGCAACUUCUUUAGGUUCUAGGAGUACAAGCCUCUGUGUGUGUGUAUGUGUGUAUAUGUGUGUGUUUACAUACAUGUGUACGUGUGUGUGUGUGUGUGUGUGUGUGUUGAGCACGUGUGUACACACUGGCCUGCCCUGGCUUACCAAGUUCUCCAUAGCUUAACCUUGUCUGAUAAGGACUUUCAAUGGGAGCCACAGGGAAGUACUACCUGACUAAAGUUUUUAGACUCAGUUUUAGCCAUUGUAUGUUGGUCAGGUCUCACUGCAGUCUGCCUGAGGCUGACUGACCAGAGCUUCCAGGUCCUAAUCACCCUCUGCCCAUGCCACAUCUACUCCUGCAGAACUCCCUGAGUAGUUGAAGUGGAGUCAAGCUUCGGUAGCUAACGCCAUCUGUCAUCCACCUCAGGGCAAGGGCAAAAUAUAGCCUUGCCUCUCUAAAAGCCAGAUCCUCUGCCAGAUCCCACUGUAGGAUUUCACAGGCACGCUCAGACUGGUGGAGCACAGAAGUGGAAUUUCCUUUUCUGUUCAUAGCUUACUCAUGGGAACUCCGUCUCAGGGCUACUGCUUACAGCUGAGCAGCUGUGCACUGCACAACUCAAAGGGCCAUCAUUCGCACCUAUUCAGUGGAAAGGGGCCCUCUGGAAUUGGGUGAUGUAGUGCCCCUGUCUUCUGCCCUCUGUUCCCAUCUCCUACUCCUUCUCUGGAAGGAAAGGAAUUGAAGUCUCUGGUUUGGGUGGUUUUUUUUGUUUGUUUUGUUUUUUGCCAAAGGUUUACUUCCAGUGUCUGAGCUCUGGCUUUUACUCCAAAGCUCAGUUUACAGUUACAGUGCACUGAUGGAUUAGAAGGGUGUGUGUGUGUGUGUGUGUGUGUGUGCGUGCAUGCGUGCGCACGUGUGCACCUGUGUAUAGUAUUUCAGGGGAGGGGUGUUUUAUUUUCACUGCCCCAUGCUGGGGUUCUCUGAUGCAGUGUGUGUGUGCAAACAUGGUACCUUCUCAAGUGUAGUUCUUUCAAAUACAGCCAAUGCUGGAAAACGUGA